GUGAAAUCAUGCCAAAGAGUUCUCAUUUUGUGGCCAAUGGAAUUUUAAGAAAUAAGAUCUUCGUCUCACUCCCUAAAAUUUUCUGGGAGAACCAAUGUCAGAAAAGGGCUUUUUGGAACCAGCUCCAGCUGGUCGUUGACCGUCAAUUUAACCCCAUCCUGCACCCCCACGAAGCCAAGGGAUUAAUGAAGAAUAUCAGCUUUGAUGAUUUCCUGCUGAAGAAGAGUUUCUCUGCAGUUCGCAGACUCAACAACAUGACAUAUAAUGUUGACGAGCUACCACAACAGGUGCAAGACUUCACCAAGUACAUGCAGACAAGAGACUACCCGGUUCUCCUCCAGCCAGGUGGAGAAUGUGGAGCUCAGGGAAAAGACGAGCGGGAGGACCCUCUGAUUCUCUUCGCCAUCAAAACAACACUGGAUAACUUCAACAACCGACAGGCUAUUCGGCAGACCUGGGGCCAGGUGGGAUGGGUGGCAGGACAGAAGAUAAAUGGCAGUGGCAGAGAUAAUGGUGGAGCCUAUGUCCGCAGGGUGUUCCUGCUGGGCAAGCAAAACACCAAAGAACCAGGUGUGGAUGUGUCUGCGUUACUCAAGUUGGAGAGUACGCUCUAUGGAGAUAUUCUGCAGUGGGACUUUGAGGAUACAUUUUUCAAUCUCACCUUGAAGGAUGUGCUCUUCUGGAGCUGGUUCUCACACUCUUGCAAGCAGACCCACUUUGUCUUCAAAGGAGAUGAUGACAUCUUUGUCAACACACCAAAACUGAUAACCUACCUCCAGAUCCAGAUGGAGAAGCCGCAUGUGAAGAAGAACAUGCACAACUUCGUGUUUGGGGACGUCAUAGGAGCAGCUUCACCCAACCGAGUCAACAUCUCAAAGUACUUUAUCCCACACAGCUUCUACAAAGGGUUGUACCCCGCGUAUGCAGGCGGGGGAGGGUUGGUGUACUCGGGUCAGUUGACCAGACGUCUGCACUUAAUUUCUAAAAGAGUUCACCUGUUCCCCAUCGAUGACGUGUACGUAGGGAUGUGCAUGGUUCGACUCAAUGCCUUCCCCACGCACAACCACGCCUUCCUCAUGUUUGACUUCCCCAAAAAUGAAGAGAAAGACCCGUGUUCGUACCACACCAUCUUAGUGAUCCACAAGCGAAGCCCCAAACAGGUGGUGAAACUUUGGGCUGACUUGAAAGAGACACAGGCACAAUGUCGACAUGUGCCUCUGAGAGUUGAAGAGAAGGAGAAAAACAAAAUAACCUCCAGCACUUUGUAGCCACCUUGAAAUGCCUCUGGGCAGCUAUACGGGCAGAUAUGUUGUUUAAGUUCAGUGGUCACUGAGACAUAAAAACUGCAUAUAAAGAAUAACAGGAUUGCAGUAAAGGUUAAGUGGAAAAAGUACAG